AUGAGACUCUCUGCGCACCUUCUUGCCGCCGCCUGGUUGGUCGGCCUCGCAACUGCGGCAACCCCAGUUCCGGCAGAGUGCUGGAGUCCAAAUCUAUCGCUCAACGCCACGAACGUAGAUACCCUAACCAACUGCACACUGUACUCUUACCGGUGCUUUGACAAUGACGAGGGCGUCACAUUUGUCACCACAUCUCCACCACCUACCGACUGUAUGAAACUCAAAUCCAAUGUGUUCUUCGACGACUAUAACAUGACUGGGGCAUUGGUGGUCCCUCGCAUGGUCGAGACCCAGCAACUUUCCAUUCAGGGCCAGCUUACACGCGAUCGCAACUCCUCCGGCGGCAUUGACAGAACAGUCCGGCCUCUUCGCGUGGACAGAAUCGAGUUCCCCGACCUAGUUAAUAUCACGGAAUUUGGAGGAAUAUCUGUUAUGUAUGCGCACAAUUUGUCCAGCUUGAAGUUUCCAAAACUCGAAAAUAUGCGCGGCACCUUGGACCUCGAUCUGUCGGAGGGGCCUGCCAUCAGCCUAUCCUUCCCGAACCUUCGUCUUGCCUUCAGUGGCAUAUGGAUCAAGGGCAAAAUUGAUGCACUCGACUUUCCAGUCCUAAAUUUUUCGCGGGCAAUCAAUAUUACGUCGAUAGGCAAUCUAGAUUGCGUGGCUUUUGCGGCAACCGUGGUUAAUACGACUACGUGGCCAACAGGCUACAAGGAGACGCCCGAAUCACUAUUUUGCACUUCGAAUAAGAACAGCAUUAAUACCCACCCUGUGCCAGCUGAUGAGUCUGGCAGUAGUGGAAUUUCGUGGUUCCGUGGGGAUUUACUGUUACUGGUAGUCCUCGUUGGCGGCGUGAGUUUGGUUGUUUAA